GACCACUUUAGUAGUUCGCUGUCCUCGAGAUUCGACAAGCAACGAAAAGCCGACGAGUUCAGACGCAGUACUGAGGAAAGACAACGGCAAACGGCAACACGUCUGGACGAAUUGCGUCGUGAGAACAGUUCGUGA